CCCGCGCGCCCCGAGCAUCUGCAGCUGGCUCGGCACCGGUCUGGGCGUCCCGCGCCCCGCCAUGACGGCGCACUCCUUCGCCCUCCCGGUCAUCGUCUUCACCACGUUCUGGGGCCUCAUCGGCAUCGCCGGGCCCUGGUUCGUGCCGAAAGGACCCAACCGCGGGGUGAUCGUCACCAUGCUGGUAGCCACGGCUGUCUGCUGCUACCUCUUCUGGCUCAUCGCCAUCCUGGCCCAGCUAAACCCCCUGUUUGGGCCGCAGCUGAAGAACGAGACCAUCUGGUACGUGCGCUUCCUGUGGGAAUGAACGCUCCGCUCGCCCAGGUGCCCCAGCUCUCUGGAUGACCUUGGCGGAACUGUCCCUGAAGACCCCUUUGUCCCCAGCCCCACAGCUGUGUCCUGGUCCCUCUGUGCUCCCUCCCCCAGGGCCACCCUGGUUCCCAGAGGUACCCCCUUCCCCAGCCGAACUGGCCUGAGCGGAGUCAGACUGGAGCAGGAGAGAGCCCGCCCUCACACUCCCCCCGCCCCUCGCCGAGCAGGACCAGGCCAGGAGCUGAGGCGGUGGUGUCUGCCUCUGCUCCUGGGAAGCCCAGGGAAGGCCUGUGUCCGUGGAGAAGGGCCAGGCCAGGGAGGAAGCCGGAGUACCAGCUCCACCAGCUCCGCCCCGGUCCUGCCGCGCGACCCCAGGCCGUCCUCACGGCGAAGUGCAGAGAGGGCUCCUCUGGGGGUGGCAAAGGCCUUCCUUGGAAUUCUUUAAUUUUUUGACACAUUAAAUGUGAAAUUUCUGAAAAUGAAAAAACAUUCACACCAAAUACCCCCAGUAAUUUGGGUCCAGAUGGAAACUUGUAUGUUUGAGCAUCCUUUAUGGUUGUCAUCACUUAAUUGGCCUGCUCAGAAAGUUGUGCCUCCUCAGAAUAUCCUGCUCCACUCUCCUCCUCU